GUGACAGAGAUGGCUCGUCUCACCUUUCUUCUCCUUCUCCUGUGGGUCGGUGUUGCAGUGAGCACAGUGGUAGAUCUGCAGAAGAGAAUCAUCAGAGGUCAUCGAUGUGAUCGUCCGUACCACGUCAAACUUAGAGGAGUUGAUCCUAACGGGGCUUCCAACUUGUGUGGAGGCUCUCUGAUCAGUGAACGGUGGAUUCUGACUGCUGCUCACUGCCUCCUACCAGGAAGGACCAUGUUUGCAUAUUUAGGUGCAGGUGCUGCUGUUCGAAGAGUCCAAAUCACAGCAAAUCCUGUGAAGUACACCGACAACAACAACAGAGAACAUGACCUCAUGCUGCUGCAGCUACCUGGAAACUCUGGCAUUCCACCUGUACCCCUUCCUAACUGUAGAAAUCAACCCAGAAUUUCUCAGACUGUUGAGAUACAAGGACAUGCCGCCAUCGUUGCGGACUGGACUAAUAAUAAUCAAAGGAUACCUGAUGAAGUACCAGAUCUCCACUGUGCAGACAUCCCAGUUGUUGACUGUACAAACCACAGACGUUAUUUGCAGACAAAUUUCCCAAACUUUUACCAAGACCAUGGGUACCAAGACUGGUUCUGUGGCCAAAGCCCUACAGUGGAUAUAUGUCUUGGAGACUCUGGGGGAGGAGUGGUGUAUCAAGGCAGGAUCUAUGGUGUCAUUUCUUUUACUGGAAAUGGUGGCUUUGCAUGUGCUGCACCAGCUGCUUUCAUGAACCUCUGCAAUCAAGAAUACUUAAGAUGGAUAAAAGAUACGAUUAAAAAGCCAAAAAAAAAGUGUGGUCUAUUGUGUGGGUUAGGAUAAACAUUAAACUGAAGCUUAAUCCUGAAUAUAAUGCUUGGAUCCAAAGAGCUAUUGCCUGACAAAAAGCUUUAAGGUGUGACUAAGUGUAAACAGACUGAAAUGCUUUCAUCAUAUAUAUGUUGCUUUAGAUUCCAUCUUUGCAAGAACUGUUUUGCUAAUUUAUCUUUCUGCACAGUAGAAUUUGCUGGUCAAAGGUCAAAGGCUGAGUAGAGUCGAGUAAAAUGCCAAAGAGGAUAAAAUGAUGAAAAAGUCAACUCCACUGUGACAUCUCAGUGUUCUGUGGAAACACUUUUAUGAUCUUUAUUCAAUGCCUUAACUUUGGAGCAGCAGCAGACAUGGUGGUCAUAUUUCACAUUUGAUCAUAUAUUGAAUUGUUGUCACUGAUCCUUGAUGUCCAUUUAAACUCUGGUGAUUGUAGAGAUCUUCUCUGCUGCCGGGUUGAAGAUUUGUGUGAAGCAUUUACACAUUAGUAAUUCUUGCUUCUUCUGCAGCAAUGUUCAUGUUUAAAGGCUUAAGUCUGUUUUAAAGCUGUCAACACACUGAUGUUAGAUUUGAUGGAGAAAUACUGAAUCUAAUAAUUCUGCAUUCAGCCUAAAUAAAAAUGUAUCUGUA